AUGAUCUCCGACUCGACGCGCGAAAAAGCCAAAGCCACCAAGGCCUACCUCGAGCAAAAGUAUGCCACGAUGAAGCGCGAGCGCGAAGAAAGUCGCGAGCGACGCAACGUGCUGGAGCAGCAGAUGGAAGCGCUGCGUCUCACGGAGCGCAAGAAGGAGCAGUACCGCCACGAGCUCCGGUCGCAAGAGCUCCAGAGUAUGCGGCAUCAACGCAAGCGCUUGGCUGUGGGGGAUUUCCAGCCACUGGCUGUGAUUGGUCGAGGCGCUUUCGGUGAAGUGCGAUUGGUGCGCAAACGAGACAGCAGCGAGAUCUUUGCGCUCAAGUCGCUCGAGAAGAGUGCGAUGGUGCUCAAGAAUCAGGUGGGCCACGUCAAGGCCGAGCGCGAUAUCUUGGCAAGUGCUGCUCAAGACAAUGAUUGGCUCGUGACUCUGCACUUUUCGUUCCAAGAUGACCAUCGGCUGUAUAUGGUGAUGGAGUACUUGCCGGGAGGCGACCUCAUGGGCUUGUUGAUGAAGGAAGAUACGCUGAAUGAAGCCACGACGCGCUUUUAUGCGGCAGAAAUGGUGCUGGCGAUCCAGUCUGUGCACGAACUUGGCUACAUCCAUCGUGAUAUGAAACCGGACAAUGUGCUGCUGGAUGCGCAUGGCCACUUGAAGCUGACUGACUUGGGACUGUGCAAGAAGAUGGACUCGCGGGUGGACUUGUUACCGAUCACGCAACACGUGAUGAACCCCGAGACAGCAGCUGCAGCAGCAAAAGCUGGUGGUGAGAGUGGCAAUAGCGUGGAUGCAUCACGUAGCAAACCGUUCUGUCGCUAUCGACAGGUUGCGUUCAGUACUGUUGGUACGCCGGACUAUAUUGCGCCAGAGGUGCUGGCACAGAAGGGAUACGGCAAGGAGUGUGAUUGGUGGUCCAUGGGUGUGAUCUUGUACGAAUGCUUGGUGGGUUACCCACCGUUUUACGCCGACGAACCGGUGCAGACGUGCCGCAAGAUCAUUAAUUGGAAACAGUCGUUCGGAUUCCCGCAGGAGGCCGUCGCCCGAUUGAGUCCGCACUGUAUGUCCUUUGUCAGGGGCCUCAUUUGCAAUGCAGAGAACCGACUGGGCACAAGGUCGAUUGACGAGAUCAAGCGACAUCCAUGGUUCAACGGCGUAGACUGGUCAACGUUACGCUCUAUCCAAGCUCCCCACAUUCCGCCGGGUGGCGGCGCGCAGUUCGACAAAGUCUUGAACCAACUGCAGGUAAACGAACCCGACCAGGGUGGCCCGCAAUACCAAGAGCUGGUUCGACAGAUCACAUCAAACUUCGACGAGUUUACAGAGCCGUGUGAAUUGCCUGUACCAGCUCCAGUGCAGACGUCGAACAUGACGCAGGGGUCUGCUGCAGCGACAAUGAAUGGACACUUUUGCGAUGCAGCUCGUGGAAUGGCCAAUGGAGCCUCGUCACGUGAUGACAGCGCAGGCGAGCUGCCGCAAGCAUUUGGCCCGGAUGGCAAGCCCUUGACCUUCAACAAGUUCAUUGGCUACACGUACAAACGGAAGCCACUAGUUCGCAUGGCACUGCAUGAUGGGCUGUUCGACGAUGGCGGUGGAAAUGGUGCAGCGGUUUCGUCAGAUCCCGAUGCUGGCUCCAAGUCUUUGGAUCCUGUCUGUCCGCUGGCUACUACCACUACUGUAGAUACUUUUGUCGCAAGGCCUUCGAUUGACGCUGGAGACACUAUCCCAUGUGACAAGAAGGACCAUUUGUAA